GUUGACAUUGAUAUAAAUAGCCCAUGAUUUCCUCAAUUCACAAUCAACAUCGUCGCACAAGUUGAAUGCGAACUGGAAUCAACGCAUCUACAAGCAUGAAACUCUUCUUGGUACCUCUUCUUUUCGCAACUGGCGCUCUGGCUGCCAACAUGGGCAUGAGUCUGCACGGAAACGCCUAUAACUUUGGCUACGCCACUGGCGACGCAGGAGGCCACAGCAGGGCCGAAUCCGGCAGUGGUGGCACAGUCCAGGGCAGCUACAGCUACGUGGACCCCAACGGGGAUCUCCGUACUGUACAGUACACAGCCGGACCCGGAGGAUACCACGCUAGUGGUGAUACAGGAGUAGACAGGAGAACUGCUGCUGCUGCAGCUGCACUAAACGCCAUGGCUCCCAAGGCACCAGCAGCUCCGGCAGCUGCACCAGCACCAUGGUACAAUCCGAUGCCGUAUGGGGGCGUCAAUGUCGUUGCCAACCCAGUGCUUGGAGUUUCAAAUUAUGUUGCCAAGUGGUAAAAGAAGCAUUAGUUUGUUAGUCAAAUGUAAUAAAGAAAUAAUUAAAUUGAA